CCGCCCGCUGCCGCCCGGGGCCGGCCCGGACGCCGUGCGGAGGCAGCUGGAGAAGGGCCGGGCCUUCCUGCGCGGCGAGCGCGGCUACCUCGUCUGAGGCCCGGGCCCGGCCACGAUGUGCUGAGGAACCCCAGGGGAGCAAUGGCAGGCACUGGGGAGCGCCAGGGGAAAGGCAAGAAGGAUGACAACGGCAUCGGCACUGCCAUCGAUUUUGUGCUGUCUAAUGCCCGGCUGGUGCUGGGGGUGGGCGGAGCUGCCAUGCUGGGGAUUGCCACGUUGGCUGUCAAACGGAUGUAUGACCGGGCAAUCAGUGCCCCCAGCAGCCCUACCCGACUGAGCAAUUCUGGGAAAAGAAGCUGGGAGGAGCCGAGCUGGAUGGGAUCCUCACGGCUCCUGAAGCAGGACAUGAAGACCAAUUUGAGCAGGUCCCUGCAGACUCUGCCCACCGACCCCUCAGCCUUUGACACAGAUGGGUUCUACCCUCCCAGACCCAAACCAGCCUCCAAGAAGAGCCAGGUAGACUUGAAGAAGUCGCGGCUCCGCCUGUCCCUGCAGGAGAAGCUGUUUGCUUAUUACCGGAACCGAGCAGCGAUCCCCCCUGGAGAGCAGGCCCGGGCCAAGCAGGCUGCUGUGGACAUAUGUGCUGAGCUGCGGAGUUUCCUCCGAGCCAAACUGCCUGACAUGCCACUGCGAGACAUGUACCUGAGCGGCAGCCUUUAUGACGACUUGCAGGUCGUGACUGCCGACCACAUUCAGCUCAUCGUGCCUCUGGUCCUGGAGCAGAACCUGUGGUCCUGCAUCCCUGGGGAGGACACCAUCAUGAACGUACCAGGCUUCUUCCUGGUGCGUCGUGAGAACCCAGAGUACUUUCCCCGGGGCAGCAGUUACUGGGACCGCUGCGUGGUUGGCGGGUACCUCUCACCCAAGGCUGUGGCAGAGACAUUUGAGAAGGUGGUGGCGGGCUCCAUUAACUGGCCAGCCAUCGGGUCCCUCUUGGACUAUGUGAUCCGCCCGGCCCCACCCCCAGAGGCCUUGACCCUGGAAGUGCAGUAUGAGCCAAACCGGCGCCUCAUCAUUGACUUUCUGCCGUCGGUGACACUGGGGGACACGGUCCUUGUGGCCAGGCCCCACCGGCUGGCCCAGUACGAUAAUCUGUGGCGGCUGAGCCUGCGGCCUGCAGAAACCGCCCGCCUCAGAGCAUUGGACCAGGGUGAUGCGGGCUGUCGGGCCUUGUGCCUCAAGAUCCUCAAGGCUAUAUGCAAGUCCAGUCCGGCCUUGGGCCACCUCACUGCCAGUCAGCUCACUAAUGUCAUUCUCCACUUGGCCCAGGCGGAGACUGAGUGGUCUCAGGACGUGCUCGCCGACCGCUUUCUGCAGGCGCUCAGGGCCCUGAUUGGCUACUUGGAGGCUGGAGUCCUGCCUAGUGCCCUGAACCCCAAGGUGAACCUAUUCUCAGAGCUUACCCCUGGAGAAAUCGAUGAAUUGGGGUACACCCUUUAUUGCUCCUUGUCUGAGCCAGAGGUCCUGCUGCAGACGUAACACAGGGGGAAGCCGUGAUGAGUAUUGGGUAGUCAGGCCUUGGAGAUGGUCAGAAACACCCUCCAGGCAUUGGGUCCCUCGUGCCUCCAGUCCUGCUGGUCAUUGCCGACUAGAAUGGCCUUUUCUUGCCCUGCCUUUUUUUUCUUUUUUUUUCUCCUGUCACCAAGCACUGUGCCCCCAGUUUUUUUUCCACUGUCCCUCCAGUGAGGCCAACUUUCAUAAAGUGCAGCAAGAAGGGUGGGGAGCAAGGGGAGGACCAAGCUGGUAAGUCACUUGGUCACCUUUAGCUGCCCAACCUACUUUUCACCUCUUUGUGUGUGUCUGUCACCAUUGCCCUUUGUCCAUCUGGCUCCUUUCCCUGGGACAUGUCUGCUUGAUCCAGAUACUGUCUCAUAACUGAAUGCUGCUCUGUAGCACUGAGUGAAUAUUUAUGAAAUGCAUUCUGCAUGGCAAGUGAGGAUUCAGGGCUGUGGGGUGGUCCUGGGGGCCAUGUUCCUGGCUGCAGAGGCAGAAGGAGGCAGGCUGGCUCUGCAGAGUUGGAGGUGAGCCUGCUGGCCCGCCAAGAUGAGACCCGUCAGAUGACUUGGGGAGGGCCAAGAGCACCUCGCAUGGGGAUGUUCAUGUUUCAGAGUCACUGUUCCCUCUGGGAAGGGAUGGCUCUGGAAUUUGGCUUCUAAGUUCCCAUCUGGUUUUCUCUGAGAGGAUGGAAUGGGUGCCCAGGGAGGAGCAUUGAGGUACAGAGUGACUCGAGACCUGUGGUAGCGACCAGCCCCAUCACUGUCCAAGGGCAGGCUCAUCCCUUCUCUGGAGUUGCCCUUGACCCAAAAGGGAUUCUGGAGAGGGAGGGAGGGAGGGAGGGUCGGAGGCAGCUGGGGCAUCACACCCCACUGGGGUCGCUGCAUCUUCCCGGCCUUGCUGUCUGUAGCAAUCUAGCUGUGGUGGCUGGUGGGAAGCCAGACUGCUUGCUGAUGGUGCCUUCCCAGCGGCACCCAGAGGACCCCUUCUUAGCCUCUCCUCAAAGCCUCUGUCUGUCCUUGGAAAAGGGGAGGAAAGCAUUCCAGGAGUGCCCUCACUCACACCCCCCCCCCCCCCCAGUGCUAGAGGCUGCCUAUGCCUUCCCUUUGUCACUAUACCUGUCAGCGCCUGGGGGGCAAAAUGAAGGGGGAGGGGAAAAGACUUUGUCCAUUCCCCUUGACAUCCCCCCCUUGUUGCCCCAUGCUAAAAAUGCACUAUUUAUUGCAAUGUAAAGUUCUCCGGGGGCGGGGAGGGGGGAGUGUAAUACAAACUGUCAUUGUGUCUUCCUGUUUUGUGUUUCUCUUUCCAUUUGUGGUAAAAGGGGCCAUCCACGUCCCUUCCUCUGGCCUUCUCACCCAGUAUUUUGUACUCUCACCGCCAAAUCUGAGUAUUUUUGCUUUUGCUUUCUCUACCUCCCCACUCAGUGAGAUUCUUGUACAACGUGCUAGCCAUCUUUUCCUUGUACUUUAAUGGCAGAGUCCCCAUAAGACCAGGUCUCAGCCUCCUUCUGAAUAACGAAGUUCUGGAAGCCAUUUCUGAGAAAUCCCCCCCCUCCCCCCAGCCUGCUUCCUGUUUAGAAUGGGUGCUUUUCCUCCUUGGAGAGAUUGUACAGGAUUCUGAUUGUUCAUGAGGGCUGAGAAUGCACCUUCCUGGAGUUCACUGGGGGGGAGAUCCACCCAAUAAGGUAUUUUAAAGUCUGCGAUUUCUCUCUAGCCUGCUUCUCCAAACCAGCUGCACAUUAGCGCUCAGCACUGAAUAACAAAACUUCAAACAGACCAGUAAGACUGGGCCCCAGGGUCUCUGAUGAAGUAAAUGCAUUUCUCAGAGGGGAAAAGUGCAACUCUGAACCUCUUUAUUGAAUUAGGAAGAAUUAUUCCAAUAUAUCUUCAAAUUCAGACAGGCUGAUCUUGCCACACUCCAAGGAAAUGGAGCCAGGGAAUGGCCCAUGGGAUCAAAAAGAAAUUCGGCUUUAGGUAACGGGUCUAUUGGACACAGGCUAAUGGCUGAGGAAGGGGGGUGGGCAUUGGAAUUACAGCCUUGUUGGGGGAAAGGUGAGGACCCUUAAAUAAUUCAGCCCCCACCUAAGUUUUGUGCCCACUAAAAGCUGAUCCCAGGAAAGUUUUCUUUCCUGGCACAAGCCCCUCUUAAGUUUAUUUGGCCUGACUUUGUAUCUCAGAAACCAAAUCAGUCAGUGAGAUUUGGGGGUUCUUGUCCCCACCCCCUGUUUAUUAGAGGUAUUUUUAUCAUUAAAGGUGUUUUUAAAGUCCAUACUUCUGGUAGAAGGACAGUCACCGCCCAACCAGUGUCCUGGCCUGGCUGCUUUUUCUCCCUUUUGUGCUGCUGUUGCUGCUUCAUUGGAGAGAGCUGGUAGCUCUUUAAGGCAGUGGCCCUGGCCCUGAAAACAGCCUGGUGGAAAGGCUCUGCCCUUCCUGACAGCAGCCAAGGUUGGGAGCAGGGCAUGCUGGGCCAGGCUUCCCCAGCUGGUGGCAGAUGCCCAUCACUGCUCUGCUGUAGGCUUAGUGAUGACAACUGAGCAGAGCCCCAGGAGAGCGGGUCCCAGGGUGUUGUGAUUGUUUCCUUGUUCCCUGUCUCAAAUCUGGUUUACCCUGUGACCUUCAGGGUUCUGACCACGCUCACCAACUGCCUUUUGCUCUGUAGAGUGUAUGCAGUGUCCUUGAUCCACGAACACGCCUGGGCUGGUUGGGGGGAGGAGGUCUGGGUAAGUGGUCUGCUCAGUUCUGCUGGGACCUGCCUCUUGUCUUUUCUCCUCCCCAUAAAUAUUGAAGCAGGGAGUCGAUACCCUAUGAAAGAGUGGGAACAAAAUAAAAAAAUUCUUUGCACCA